CUUCUUUCGCAAAGACGGAUGGUCCUUCCACAUCCACCUACUUCAAGGACCCUCUCUCUUAAUGGUAAAGGUUCAUUCUCUCUAUUGUCAAAGGUUGCCCACUCAUUACCGGUUACUCCAAUCGCAUCUUUGGGUCAAGAAAGUGUACAUGGCAGACAUCUGGGAUGUGCUUCUGAUUUAAAUACAAUGGUUGUCAAGCAGCAUAUAACUCGAUCACUUUCGGUUCCAGUUGAUGCCAAAGCCAGCAAAUUGAGGUGCACUCAGUCUAGGGUCUUGAUUCGUAUCAUUUCAGCCAGGCGGCAUCUUGCAACUGUUGAUGAAACUUCAACUGGUGAUUCUUCAGUCAUGGAGAUUGCUAUUGAGGAUGCUACAGCAGAUAUUCUAGAGGAAGAAGCAAUUUGUAGGAUUUGUUUGGCAGAGCUCGGGGAAGGAGAGAAUACUCUUAAGAUGGAAUGCAGUUGUAAAGGUGAUCUUGCACUUGCUCAUCAAGACUGUGCAGUAAAGUGGUUUAGUAUUAAGGGCAACAGGACCUGCGAUGUCUGCAAGUAG